AUGCUUUAUCCGCCAUCUCUACUCACGAACUUUGACGGCGACAUGGCGGGCACAAAUGCUGGCAGCAAAACUGAACGACUAAUGCAGAUCAUUGAAGAAGCGCGCGGUACCGUCCUCAAGGCCUCGACCAUUAUCCAGAUUGCCUCCAAAGCGGGAUCUAUUGUUACGGCUGUUGAGGAUGACCCUGCUAUUCGGCUUACACUCCUACAGCACUCAAGCGCAGUGUAUCAGCAAGCAGCUGUUCUCAGCACCAUCGCAGUGCUGUACUACAGCGUGUACACCAACGAGAAUCAUCGGCUAGGCAGACUCCUGGAGCUGAUGAUUAGUUUGCACAGAGAUACUGUCGGGGUGCAGAGCUUCAACGGCCAGCUGCAAAACGUACAUCAGCGUGUCAUGCAAGAGCGCGGUGAGGACGAUGGUGACACAUUGGUCUGCCAAGCCGGUACAGUCUCCCAAGGGAUCAUGGCUCAGACUAGUCAUUCUACUGAGUCGGCGACGAACGAGCAAGUACCGGUCGAGCUCUACGUGAAACAACGUGGUCGCUCACAAGGGAGGAGAGAUUCACCACAGCUCAGCGGCGGGACCAGGCUUCGCAAGGAAGAUUUGCGGCAGAUGACAUACCACAGACUCGAGGGCAGCUUUCAGCGCUUGCGGACGAUCCGCGAGGCACUCUUCCGCGAUGUGGUAAAGGAUGGCGACGACUUGACGCAGCUCCGUUUUGAUGCCAUCAAUGCCGUGUGGCUAUCACCAUCCUUUGACUGCGUUGUGGACGGCCACCGCAACUCGGCACACUACCAGAGAUUGCUUGAUGUUUUGAUUGAUGUGCCAGAACCAAGCAAGCGGCACACGUACCACUGCACACCCCUUGAUCUGGCUACAGCAAUGUCGAAGCUGAGCAUAGACGUCGGUAUGAUGUUCUUAGAAGAUCCAAAGCACAUCAUUUGGCCACUUGGUGACGAUACUGGCAAUGCUCAUUCUGUGGUUGUGUUGUGCAACAAAGAGGGUUAUCGCUGGCGAUAUACUGCUGUGGAACUCCUUGCCGAUGGGCAGCAGAGGCGAAGACAGCCGCCCACCUUCGAACAACUGCUAAGACCGGGACUGCGCAGCGUCCAGGCAGAUUUUCAAGGCCUUGUCAACCGCUCCGUCAAGGGAUGGAAGUCCUUCCCGUUCCUGAAGCUCCCAGCAGAAGUACGAUUGCAGAUUUACGAUCGUUACUUAGAGGCGGGAGAUCACUGUGAUCGGAUUUCUACUCAUGUCGUCUCGGAACUACGCAUGGAAGUUCCUGCCCCCCGCGGAAGAUGCGCUUUCAACUCAUCUGAGCUGCUGCGGCCUGAACAGUCAUGGAUGGCUUGGCCAGGGGCUGCGAACAUCCAAGAGGUGUUCAUUACUCUGCCACAAAUGCGCGGCGUCUGCAUCACGAUAUUUCCGAGUGGGUACAGGCUGUCAAGACUUCUCCAUCUUUCGGGCAGCACGAAGCGUUAUCAAGUCCAGAUCAAAGCGUUCGAAGAGCUCGUGAGGAUUAUCAUCGAAGAUCACACCACACCUGGUAUGAGCUUGCAAGAUCUCGCAGCAGUGCUUGAUUUUGGUAACAGCGUUUUUCACUUCUGA